AUGAGAAAAACGAACAUGUCAGAAGCUGCGACGAACUACGAUUCAAAUAACAGCAACGCUGGCCCACCUCAGCUGGCUGCUGGUCUUCUAUCCAUAAGAGAUGUUACAACAACAUCGAAACAGCCAGAUCUACCUGUUGAUAUUCUUUUAGUAACGGUUAAGGAGUGCGAGUUCUUAGCUUGUUACAAUGAGCUUAAAGAUCCCUUUAGAUGUUAUUUUGAUGAUCUUGGUUACGUUUACUUCGCGGACGUUGUUGGAAGUCAGCCGGGGCGAGUGAAAGUAGCACUAAUGAAGUGUCAUCAAGGUUCUAACGGUCCGGGUGGCUCUCUGACUGCCGUUAAGAAUGCCGCCCCUAUUCUUCGACCUAAGGCCGUGAUAUCUGUUGGAGCAUGCAGUGGUCUCAACCCUGACAAAACCAAGUUAGGUGACGUUGUUGUAUCAGCCAAACUAACAACAUAUGCAUCCAAAGUAGUGACAAGCGACCAAGAGCAGUGGGCUGGUAUUAGCAGUUACGUGAGCAGACGGUUUCUUAACAUUAUCACGAAUUGCGCUGAUGGGUGGCAACCACCAUUGAAGAACCCAGAAGAUCGCCAUAUCAACGUUCAUAACAAUGGUGAGUUCUUAAGUGGUCCAGAGCAGAUCAGAGCAGAAUGGAGGCGAAAAGAACUUCUAGACCGUCAUUCCCUCGCAACAGGUGUAGAGAUGGAGGGAGAAGGUGAGCGUAUGUCACUUUUAAAAGCGCCUCAAGCGUACGCAUGCACAAGACCCUAAGCUAUAAUUCGACCAUAUCUUCGCCGUUGUCAGUGCCAAAGAAUGGUGUACUAACACGUCGCAAACGCCUACCUUCAUGGCUUAGUUUGAUAGACUUUCAUUGCUCUGCGUUCUCGUCACGUGUGCUUUUUGGCUUCGUUCAUUGACAUAGGUCUAAACCUAGAAAUUUAAAGAGAGAAGAAAUAUUAUAGUUAUAGUGAAUAUCUCCAUGGCCUGAUUACUUUAGAUUAUCUGAUUACUUUAGGUCAUAGUUGGUGGUUGUAUUGGAUCAAAACGUGAAAAUGCGUUACGUGUUUACACAGAGAGCAAUAACUGAUUUAACUUGUCCUUUAUCUACUAUAUAAUUAUAUCUGUCUGAGCUUCGUUAAAACGUGGUCACUAGGUUUUCGCCAGGCGCCAGGCACACCCUGGUUCUAGGCCAGUGCGGUCUCCAAAAAUUUAGCAGACUUGGCGUCUUGGUCGGCACAGGCGGAUAACCCAUGGAUUACCCUAACAGUGGGUGGGUGGAUCAGGCCUUGGGGGCAGAACUAGUGGGGUAGGGAGGGAGGCUAUUUUGACACAACCGCUUCAGUAAGGAGCGGUGUUUACUAGAGGCUUUGACUGGCAAGUACCUUGCUCAACCAGGCUAAAUCAGGCCUCUGCUGACAGUAAUUAUCAUGAUGAUUGCAGAACUCCGGGGGAGGCGCGUGUGUGUGAUUCAUGUGUCACGAAAAUAACACAUUCUACGAAGCAUUUUUUUUCACUUUCCUAUCACACGACCUGCGUGCAUGUACUGCUACACUAGUUAACGGAAUCUGCCAAGAACCCGUUGCCUAGCACGUGACCAAAAUCAAGAUCUUUUUUAUUUGAAAUUUCAUUGAGAAACCUUAAAAAUAUAAAGUGAUUUGAAAAAGAUUUCGCACAUAGCUUGCAUGUUUCACGUUUUGAAAAACGCGUAAAAGAAUUAGUCGUUCACGGUGAACAAGAAUUCUCCUUUUCAAUUUUUGCAGCACGCUUUAAAUUUCCAAACCUGUCCUUUUUCUCCUCUUUCUACACAUUUUCAAAAAGUUUUUAAAACGUCUUUAAAACGUUUCUUGGCUGCUUUGUCUGAUAUGAGAUGUUUACUACAACAUUACAGUGACCGGCUUUGAUUUCAGUCGGCCGGUCAAAGCAUGACAUUUUCUAUUUCUUCCGCGGUGAAAAGUCGCCGGCAACUGUGGUCAAAGUGCCGGCUGCUAUUUUGAACCCUGGAAAGGGACAAAUUUAAAGCUUCAAAAGAGUGUAGUAGGUAGCGAAAUUGGUAAUGGAUUUUCCUAAAAUGUUAAGUUCUUUUGUGAGUGUAACCCUUUGAGGGUUGGUCAGAAUAUCCACACCAAGGUAUCGCUGGAAAGAUCUAUCUUUGCUGACGUUUUUCCUUGCCAAUUCAACUUAAACUGAAAGCUAAAUGGUCCUGGAAGGAAAAUAUGCAUCGUUCCAUAUGGAACGAAAACGACCGAAGCAGUCGUCGAAGGGUUAAUCGUCAAAAAUACUACUAGAUCCAAAUUAGAAAGUAAAUAAUUGCUAAUGAGUCUAUGCGCCAGGCAACUGAUCUUUUAGUUUCUUCUAUCAUUAAGAGGUAAUUUACAGAAAAUAAUAUAUAAAUGUGUUCCAUAUUUCAGGUGUUUUCACUGCUGCAUUUGAUACUCAUUUGGAGUGGCUCAUUGUUAAAGGGGUCUCUGAUUUUGCGAAUGGUGAGCAAGUGAAUGCAGAAAGUUGGGAAGCCUGUGCUAGUGCGAUGGCAGCAUCUCUUGUCUCACACAUACUAAGCGAUCCUUGUGUUUUUGGCACUUGGCCUCAUUACCAAGGUAUCGGUUGUUUGUCAGUUUAGCUGGUUAUAACUAAAAUUCAGGGAUAGAAGAGAAUUUGCGUUUAAAUGCGUUUCCCCAAUGUUCCAUAUUCAUUGCCAAAAAAACGUCAUAUUCAUGAGAAACAUAAUCGGCCACAUGAAACAACGAGUUUAACGUUUUAAGAGUAAGCCUGAAUUUAAGCUAUCUCCUCGAAUUCGCAAACGCCCGAGAAAGACGUCAAGAUUAUCAAAUGACAGUGCCGCUAAAAUUUCGCAGCGUAGUCAUACAUUAUUAUGCGAAUGUUUAGACAAUCAACCAAUAUAAUCAAAAUCACCACCGGGUUUUCGGUAGUGACGUCACUGGACGGUUUAGCGGCUCGUUGAUUCAGACGUCUUUCUCGGGAGUUUGCGACUCGAGGAGACGGCUGAAAUUCAGGCCAUUUAAGAGUCCUUUAAGAGUUAGAUAAACUUGAUCGACAAAUGUACAUAAUUCUGUUUACAAAUCGAGACCUUACUUCCCCCUAAGCUCAGAUCAAUUGCGUUUUCACUAAAAAGUAACAGCACAAAACACUAACGAUGUGUUUGCGUGAAUCGUUUCAGUCGAGGCUCCCUUAGGUCGGUUUAUCAUGAGAUAACAAGGUCGUGACAACCAACAGCAACAGUUACUAUGAGUGCUGUGUGGCGUUGUAAUAAAACCAAAUCGAUCUAAUUUGUAGUAUUUUGUCUUCGUAGGGCCGGUGCUUUCUAAUAUCAUAAAAGAGAUUCGUCAGCUUUACCAAGGCCGUGAAGGAAAACUAGCACCAUUCGCUUGGUGUGAUUAUCCUAAUUUUAAUCUGAAUGACAUUUUUACCCGAUUGAAGAUCGUGAACAAAGAAACCACACGAGGAACAUUGACCGACGAUGAAAUCACCAACUUGACAGGCAUCUUUAGACCCCACCCGAAGUGCUUGAAACCAAGUAAAGUUUUGAUUGAAGGGGAUCCUGGCAUGGGAAAAACCACCUACUCACAAAAACUGGCUUAUGACUGGGCGAACAAACAAAGUGAAUGGGACGAGUCUUUUCCAGAGAUUGACGUGCUGCUCUUGCUUAGAUGCAAUGACAUAAAAUCUAGCAUUUGGAAGGCUAUUGAAGAUCAAAUUCUUUCUGAAGAUAUGGACAAAAAGGCUAAGGAGACUUUCUUCAAAUACAUUAAGGAAAAUCAGUCCAAAGUUCUGCUGUUGCUUGAUGGUUUAGAUGAGGUAGACCCCAAUAAAGAAGAGUUGUUCCUCUCACUUGCUCAGGGAAAACUUCUCCCAUCUUGUUACGUUGUCAUUACUUCGCGUCAUGAGGUUGGAAAAAAAGUAAACAGACACUGUGACACUUGGUGGGAGAUUUUAGGAUUCACCAAAGAGGACUCGAAAAGCUUCAUGAGAAAAUAUUUUCAAGACAAAGAUCACUUAGCUGAGGAGUUGAUUGAAGAGUUGGCAGUUAGGCCGUAUCGGACGUCGUUUCGUGACGGCCCUUCUGAAAACCGCCUCGCCGAUUUGACGAAAAAUCCACUUAAUAUGGCUUUACUCUGUACUAUUUUCGAACAUUCCAAAGCUGUUUUUGAAGGAAGCAGAACCCGAUUGUACAUUGAAAUCACUCUUCUUGUUUUAAGAAGAUAUGAAGAAAAAAAUGGACUUGAAAGCAGUAAAGACUUGACGGUAGUUUAUAGGGAAGAUCUUUUGCUUUUGGGCAGAUUCGCGUUAGAUUCCCUCUGUAAGGGGGAGUUGUACUUUGAAAAAGGGGAAGAAGACUUCAAGUUUAUGAAUUUUGGAUUCUUGUCUUUACAACAAGUCGGCACUACGAGCAAACCUUGCACUCGCUGUGCAUUUUUACACAAAAGUUUUCAGGAGUUUUUUGCUGGAUUUUUUCUUGCUUUUCAGAUUAUCAAUAGACAAAAUGACUUUGUCAACGUUUUAACCGAUGAAAGAUAUUCUAACGAACUAAAAGAGGUUUUCUUCUUCAUGAGUGGAAUCAUAGCAUCAGAAAGCAAGGACACUGGAGAAUCCAUCUUUAUUAGUAUGGCCGAGCAUAUCAGUGGUCUUUUCCGUGCAUCCCACCAAAAAGUCAAAUCAUAUAUGACGUUGGCUUGUGCAUGUUUACAUGAAUACGAUUUCAGCCUUGCAGAAUGGCUUUGGGAAGAUGAGCCCGUGACUUGCUCAGAGCAUACUUUUGGAAUGCACCUUGACAUGUCCUCCCUCACUGAAGUGGAUUUGUCCUACACUGAAGUAGUGGAUGUUGGUGCUAAUGUGAUUUCCGUGGUCCUCGAAAAAAACUCCUCCCUAACUGAUUUGGAUUUCAGUUUCAACGGCGUUAGCUCGGACGGUGCUUCUUCCCUUUCCAGAGCCCUCACAAAAAACUCCUCCCUGACUGCUUUGAAUUUGGGCGGUAACAAGUUUAUUGAGGACAUUGGUGCUUAUUCUCUUUCCCAGGCCCUCAAAGCAAACUCCUUCCUGACUUCUUUGGAUUUGGAAGGUGACAGUAUUGGCGACGACGGUUCUUCUUCUCUUUCUGAAGCCCUAACAGCAAACUCCUCGCUGACUUUUUUGGGUCUGAGUCGUAACGGUAUUGGUGACGCCGGUGCUUCUUCUCUUUCUGAAGCCCUAACAGCAAACUCAUCCCUGACUUUUUUGGAUUUGCGUGAUAACAGUAUUGGCGACGCUGGUGCUUCUUCUCUUUCCAAGGCCCUCAUAGCAAACUCAUCCCUGACUUAUUUGGAUUUGGGUUUAAACAGUAUUGGCGACGCCGGUGCUUCUUGUCUUUUCAACGCAUUCGCAUUUAACUCCUCCCUGACUUAUCUCAGUUUGGCUUUAAACAGUAUUGGUGAAGCUGGUGCUUUUUUCCUUUCCACGGCCCUCAAAGCAAACUCCUCCCUGACUCAUUUGGAUUUGCGUGGUAACAGUAUCGGUAACGCUGGUGCUUCUUCUCUUUCCGAGGCCCUCACGGUAAACUCCUCCCUGACUUACGUGGAUUUGCAUGGUAACAGCAUUGGUGACGCUGGUGCUUUUUCCCUUUCCAACGCUCUUAAAUUUAAUUCCUCCUUGGCUAUCUUGAAUUUGCGUGGUAACAGCAUUAGUGACGUUGGUGUUUAUUUCCUUUCCGACAUUUUCAAAUUUAACUCCUCCAUGACUAAGUUGAAUUUAAGGGGUAACAGCUUUGGUGACGUUGGUGCUUUUUUCCUUUCCACGAUCUUCACAGCAAACUGUUCUCUGACUGAUUUGGAUUUAAGUGGAAACGUUAUUGGCGACACCGGUGCUUCGUGUCUUUCUCAGGCCCUCGCAGAAAACUUCUCCUCCCUGAACAAAUUGGACUUGACUGAUAACAGUAUCGGUAACACUGGUGCAGCUUCUUUUAAAGAGGCCCCUAAUAUUAACGAAAAGGUGGAUGUGCGCUUAUAAAAGGAAGGUUAAUUUCAUUUUUACUAGUAAGUCAAAGAUUAAGGUUGUAAUAUUGAAAUGCCCGAAGUAUAAAAGUUAAAAGGCAAGGAAGCGGCUGGAAGUUACUUGUUCAUGUAUCUCGUUCUUAAAUUACCUCGACAAGAAUUUUUGUCUCGGUGGGCUAUGGUUCUAAUUAAUUUUUCUUCGAGGACCUCUCAGUGUGUUUCAAAUGAAGAAACAAGUGUUUUUUAAAGAAACAUUGAUCCAGUUUUUGUAAAGUGUCUUGUGUAAUGACUGAUAUCAACAAGUAAAAGCUCUGUCUAUUGAUAUUGAAACACAGAUUAAGAUUCUUGUCAUGUACUUUUAUGUCUCAUUUAUUUUCUGUAACUGGUGAUUAUUUGUUGAUUUUGAUGUAUCUAUUGCCUACGCUAUGCAAAAGUAUAGUCAAACUCUCCCCUUUAACUGACAAAGUGCAGUCUUCUGGCCACUUCUUCUUGCCUUGUUUAUAUGAAUUUUUUUUUCAUCACCGUUCAAUGUUAAUAUAAUGUUGGUUUUCCAAGAGCACUAACCUACUCUUUACGCCUUAGCUUGCGUCUGUAAGGAGGCCCCCAAACAGGGUUCCUCAAUCCCGUCUAGACUUAGACUGUGAGCGGUGUCUUAUUUUUCUUUAGAGAUACGGUAGAAUGCAAGCACGAGAAACGAGGACGGGCGCGAGGGGCGAGCGGCGAGCGGCGAAGCUGCGAGAGACGUGGGCGGAGCCCAAGCGAAAAAUAAAUAAGAGACUGCGAUAGGAUCUCAGAUCUGGCGAUUUGCCGUUUUUCACUAGGGAGCUUAAGCAACUACGACGACGACUUCAAAAAAACAAUAGGUUUAUAAUCAAAAUAACAGCUUUGCACAGGCAUCACGCUUUUUAGUACAUUUCUUUGACGUCCACUACACGACUACGACGUGAAACCUCCUAAUUUGACGUUUUAUGGAGGACGUGGACAUACGACGACGAAAUUCCCUUCAUCUUUUUAAACCUGAAUAAAAUCCUUAAGAAUUCAACUCCAGGAAAAGUCGCCUGCAUUUGACAUAUGGAGCGGGUCCAAAUUGACGCGAUUAAUUGAAAGAACGCAAAUUCAAUUUUAUACCGACGUUUUCACUGCCGUCGUCGUCGUCCUUGCUUAAGGUCCCUAUUUUUGCUGUUUAUUUAUUUCGCAUGCUUUUCUCUGUAAACAAACAGCUUGUCUUCGACUGUCUUUUCACUGCUGUUUGGUUAUAAUUAUAAUAAUAAAAG